CGGCUGUAGGGCGGUAAAGGAGAAGUACGUGUGUCUACUGCUUUGGUUCGUUACCCUAAAGCCGAAUGUGAUGCUGUCUUCAUUCUUUUUUCAUUUACGAGUUUAAAAUUCAAUGGGAAACGAGGUGUGGUCACCCUCAGUUAUUAAACAGUUAUUCUAACUCAUAGUUAGUUAGCAUUAAGGGUCACGACCAUGUUCCCUACAAAAGUAAAAAUUCUGCACAGGCUGCUACAGUUUAGACACACAUUUUGGUGCUCUCCCUCAUUUGGAAAAGCACCUUGCUCCAGACUGGUUUUGGGCAUUGAGACGAGCUGUGAUGACACUGGAGCUGCUGUGCUGGACGAGACAGGUGAAAUACUGGGAGAGUCUCUACAUUCACAGAAAGAAGUUCACCUGAGGACAGGUGGCAUCAUCCCCACAGUGGCACAGCAGCUCCACAGAGAAAACAUAGAGCGUGUGGUCCAGGAGGCUUUAGGGAGGAGCAACGUGGACCCAAGCCUCCUCACAGCUGUGGCAACCACUGUGAAGCCAGGCUUGGCCCUAAGCUUGGGUAUAGGUCUUGACUUCAGUAAGAGGUUUGUGAGGCAGCACAACAAGCCCUUCAUUCCCAUCCACCACAUGGAGGCUCAUGCCCUGACCGUCAGGAUGAUCCAACCUGUUGCCUUCCCCUUCCUGGUCCUGCUAAUUUCUGGUGGUCACUCACUUCUUGCUGUAGCUCGAGGAGUCGACGAUUUUCUGCUUUUGGGUCACAGUCUGGAUGAAGCUCCAGGGGAUACACUGGAUAAAGUGGCAAGACGUUUGUCCCUCAUAAAACACCCACAGUGCUCCACACUAAGUGGAGGGCAAGCUAUAGAGCUUCUGGCAAAGACUGGCGACAGGACGAAAUUCCCUCUCAGGACACCUAUGGGACAAACAAAUGACUGCUGCUUUUCUUUUGCUGGGAUACAGAAUCAGGUUACCAUGGUGAUAAAGAAAAAAGAGGCAGAGGAAGGUAUACAACAGGGAACGCUGUUGUCAUGUGUGAAUGACAUUGCAGCAGCUACACAGCACACAGUUGCCUCCCACCUUGCAAAGCGCACCCAUCGUGCCAUCUUGUUCUGUAAGGCAAACAAUCUGCUGCCGUCAAGCAGUCCCACCUUGGUGCUGUCUGGGGGAGUUGCAAGCAAUCAGUACAUCCGCAAGGUUUUGACCAUCAUCACUGACACGACAGGACUACGCCUGAUCUGUCCGCCAGCCAAAUUCUGCACUGACAAUGGAGUGAUGAUUGCAUGGAACGGUGUUGAACGGCUGAGAGAAGGGAAAGGGAUUCUGUCUCCAGAUGUGGAUAUCCGCUAUGAACCAAGGGCACAGCUGGGUGUUGAUAUGACAGCAGAGGUAAAGGCAGCAGCGAUCAGGUUGCCGUCAGUCAACCUGAAGAUCCCCAGCUGACACACUGUUGGCUUUGUUCUGAGCAAAAAAAGUAUUUUGUCACUCCUACAUUUUCCCAGUUCAGAUACAUACUGUGUAUAUACUGUGUAUGUAUAAGCACAUUAAACAGCUAUUUAUUAAUAAACUUUUAAAAAUG